UCUUCAUCAUUCCUUGCUCCUCUUCGCGCAGGCUACAAGAUGAUUCCAAAGAAUGGUGCCCAAGGGACCGCUCGCCCGGCUUCUCCAGAUGUUGGGCAGAGCGAGGAUAACAUGCCUUUCCCCCAGCCGUUGGCCUACCGAUUAUUUCAUCGAAAAGCCUACACUGGCGCCCUUAUGUUCAACCUCUUUUCCUUUAUUCUCCCAGCCCUCUACAGCACUCUCUCGAAGUUGUGGGUCGCUAAUAUUGACUCUUCACUUGUUGUAACCACCGACGCCUACACUUACAUCGGCGUAGUUGUAGAGGUUCUUAAUGAAGGCCUCCCGCGAGCGGCAUGGGUCAUCAUCGGCGACCAAGCCUCUCGCACUCAUGCACAACGGCUCCAGCUCACUCACACACUCAUUACGUUUCAGUCAAUCUUGGGUUUGAUUAUGAGCCUGGCAUUCGUGGGUGGUGCCAAGACAUUCGCUGAUGGCUUCUUGCCUGUUGAAGUCCGCGACGUGAGCGUUACAUACGUGCGCAUCGGAGCGUUCAGCGCAUUCAGUUCUUCAAUUGAGACGGCCGUUGCGUCGGCUACAAGGGCACUUGACCGACCUGAUGUUCCGUUGAUCAUAAGCUCCGUCAAGUUUGCUGUCAAUAUCAUACUGGAUCUUUUGAUCAUCUCGAAGAUUCAUGUUGGAUCUCAUCAGCCCACUGUCAACAUGCAAGCAGGGAUCCAGCUCGCUUGCAACCUUACAUCGGCGCUUGUGGGCCUAACAUACUUUCUCUGGAGCAACACUCUUCGAUACCAGAGAGAUAGGGCAUAUGAUCGAGAGGAGUGGGGUGCAACAAAGCCCAGUGUCAACGCGCUUCUAGUCUUGCUACGUCCUGGUGUCCUGACUUUCAUCGAGUCAGCUAUCCGCAAUGCGCUUUAUCUCUGGCUAGUCAGCAACAUCGUGUCGAUGGGAUCAACGUAUGCGACAGCGUGGGGCGUUUUCAACACGAUUCGAUGGGGGCUUAUCAUGGUCCCCGUGCAAGCCCUCGAACAGACCUCCCUUGCCUUUGUCGGUCACGCAUGGGGUAGCUGGAGAGGGGCUCUUGGGGUUGAAUCCCGCCGUUCAAAGGCCACGAAGCAUGGCAUCUACAACAUCACUCGACCAGCUCUCGUUUCCCUCGUCAUGGCUCUUAUUGUUGAAGUUCCUGUCUGUUUGUUCCUGACAUUCUUCGGUGCCUAUCCUUUCGCCCGAUAUCUUAGCGGCUCAAACGAGGUUGCCAACGUGACGGCAAUGAUGUGGCGAACCAUCGACUGGUGUUAUAUCUUCUACGCCAUGUCUACGAUGCUAGCGACAGUCUUGCUAGCAACACGACCAAAAUGGUACCUUUGGCAGAGUCUAGCGAGUAAUUUGCUCUACGUGUUGCCGUGGGCUAUUGUCUGUCAAGCAGCAAACUUGUCGGCCGAUAGGGCUUGGGCCUAUCAUAGUCUUGUUUUUGGGGGUAGUCUUGUCUUCAGUUUUGUUACUAUCUGUUUUGUGGAUGGCCUUUGGGUCUGGGCUUUAAUGACUGGGAGGAUGAGACUUGAGCGAUUCAGGUUUUGAUUGACAAGCGGACUAUUGCGUUCCGAGGAACUUUCUCAAGC